AUGCCCCUCAAAGUCCUCGUCGUCGGCGGCGGCAUCGCAGGCCUCAGCUGCGCCGCGGCGCUGCGGCGGGCGGGCCACGACGUGGUGGUGCUGGAGCGGUCGGCGCGCUUCGACAACGAGACGGGCGCGGCGAUCCACGUGCCGCCCAACGCGACCCGCCCGCUGCUGGCCUGGGGCCUGGACGCCGACCGCGCUCGCCUCGUCCGGUUCCGGCGCAGCGUCUUCGUCGAGGCCCGCUCGCUGGCCACGGUCCGCGAGGUCGAGCAGGGGCCCGACGUCGUCGACGCCGUCUACGGCGCGCCCUGGCUCGCGGCCCACCGCGUCGACCUGCACGAGGAGCUGCGGCGGCUGGCUGAGGGCGAGGGAGAGGGCCGGGGCGGGGGCGAGGGGUGGGGGGUGCUGGAGACGAGGCUGGGUGCGCAGGUGGUCGGCUAUAACCCCGAUGCCCCCUCCGUCACCCUCGCGGGCGGCGACGUGGUCUCGGGCGACCUCGUCGUCGCCGCCGACGGCAUCCACUCGCGCGCCCCCACCGCCGUCGCCGGCCGCCACGACCCGGCCCUGCCGGCCGGCGAGUACAACUUCUGCUACCGCUUCCUGAUCCCCGCCGCCGCCCUCGAGGCCGACCCGGACACCAGGCCCUUUGCCGGCGAGCGCUCCCACGGCGCCGUCACCCACUUUGUCGACAGCUCGCGCCGCCUGGUGUCUUAUACCUGCCGCAACCACGAGGUCUACAACUUUGUCGCCCUGUUUCACCGCGACGACGUGUCGUCACAGCAGAAAGAAGACUGGCAUGCCGCCGUGAGCAAGGACCAGGUCGUCCAGACCUUUUCCGACUUCCACCCGAGCCUACUCAAGCUCUUUGCCAAGGCGACCGAGUUCAAGCAGUGGCCGCUACUGUACCGCGCGCCGCUCCCGACCUGGUCCAAGGGCAGGAUGCUGCUGGUGGGGGACGCGGCGCACCCCAUGCUUCCCUUCCAGGGCCAGGGUGGCGCCCAGGCCAUCGAGGAUGGAGUGGCCCUCGGCAUUGCCAUGGCCGGCGCCGCGCCCGAGUCCGUCGGCGCGCGGCUCGCCGUCUUCGAGGCCGUCCGCCGCAGCCGCGCCAGCGCCCUGCAGGUGCUCAGCAACGCCGGCCAGGACGAGGCCCACAAGGUCGCCGCAGAGGCCGCCCGCUACAUCCCGAUUGAGGCGGUCCCCAAAGACCAGGCCGAGGCGUUCCGCUUCAACUUUGGAUACGACGUGGUUGCGGAUACGGUCGGUAAGAUGCGGGACAUGGUAGAUCCCGAGUUUGCUGUGCCGUCUGGCUUCUUUCUGAAAGAGCCUGCGACCUUUGGCAAGGCUUGA